UCCAAUUCUCAAGACACUUUCAGUUUUGGUCCAGAGUCCACAUUGAGAGGAUUGGUGCCUCUGUCGUGCGAAAAGAGGACUCGGGAGUGUUUGUGUGUGCGAUAAGAGCACUGUGGGUUUGUUUGGAUCUUGGAUGGGACAGUGUCGGUCGCCACUGGGAACAACCAAAUCACAUUGGACGUACUCGUCUAACUGGAAAACUUGAGAGUUGGAGGGGACUCUAAUCAAAAAAUUGGAGGGAAUCCCUCCUGCGGAAUUCCCGAUCAUCAAAGAAUUGUGAAGUGUAGUGCUUCAGAUGGAAGUGCUUCACCGGCAUCUCAAAGGAUACAAAGCGCCCAAGCUGCUUUGAAAUAGCCGCACGGGACAAUUUGGAAAUGUCGUCUUGGCCGAGAUCCGUUUGGGCGGCUGGGAUUGCACGUGGAACGACUCCGAGAUGAAAUUACCAGAACAAAAGCCCUCUACUGCUAGUGGGUGACUGUGUGUCCAUGCGUCUGUCUGUCUGACAGUGUGCCUGUCUGUCUAUGCGUCGGUUACAUUGGUUGGCUGGUUGGUAGAUGCCUGGCAGAGCAAGUGAGUGAGUGAGUGAGCGAGUGUUUGUGUGUGGUAGUGUGAUCCACUGUGCUCACUGACUGCCGUCCUCCAUGUCUUCUGGGUCCAUCUCGAUGAACUGGGCCCCUGUGUAAAAGUGCUCUUGAAUGGAAAUGGCCAUUGUUCAGUCAGCGUAUUAAGAAGACGCCAAAGAAGAUCCGGGGAAACGAGAAAAGAGAGAUAACUGGUCUUUUUCCCGCUUUGCUCUCGCUGUCUCUCGCUCUCUUUCUCUCUUUGUUCCAAGCAAACUUUCUCGUAUGCCUCGUACUUUUUUGGCCGGUGAAUGUUUCACAGAAAAUGACACAGAGUGUGUCGUAUCAGUGAGACCACGAGGAAUGCUAAUCGAGUCUUUCCCAUUGACGCGACCCCGUAUAGGCCAUUGAGUUGGAUGCAGGUUUGACCGCCUAUUGCCAUUCCUUCUUUUCCUCUUCUUCUUCUUCUUCUCCUGGCUCUUUCACUUGUUCCUUCUUCUUCUUCCUCCUCUUCCCUCUUCUCUUCCUCCUUCUCCUCCUUCUUCUUCUCAGUCCGAUGAUAUCGUUCCACCAUGGAUGGACAUGACCUCGUUGUGCAUCCUCGAAUGAACACGUUCCUGCCUCAAAAAGCAAAUUGAGGAAAAGUCAUGUGAUCAAAAGAACACUGCCGUCAAGUCCAAUUAAUUGUCAUUAGCAGCGCCAUUUUUCAGUCAGUCAGUUCGUCAGUGCGUGUCGUAAUCAAGAUGACUGCUGCGCCUUCGCUUUCUUCUUAGCCACGGCAGUUGUUCCAAUCGACACACUGUCUGAUAUACUUACCAUAUACUAUUUGGUAUAUUUCAUAUUGUACUAUAAAACUAGGUCGACUCGCCCGUUGUUGCCUCACGGUGUAGUAGCAUUUAACUCUGCACAAUGUUGGAGAUCUUCCGCGAACUUCGUGGCCUCUUACGAGUGUCCCACGUCCACAUCGACUCUUGGGUGUUUCGAUUGCACUAUUCCGUGACCACCACUUGCAUGUUUGCAUUCUCACUGAUCGUGUCCGCCAAGCAGUAUGUGGGUAACCCCAUCGAUUGUAUACAUUCCAAAGACAUUCCCGAGGAAGUGCUGAACACGUAUUGUUGGAUCCAUUCCACAUACACCAUUCCGAGUGCCUUCUGGAAACGCAUCGGAUUCGAUGUGGCCCAUCCAGGGGUGGACAAGACUCUCGAUCCCGAAGAGAGACGAUAUCACAAAUACUACCAGUGGGUGUGUUUCUGCCUAUUCUUCCAGGCGAUUUUGUUCUACGUUCCCCGAUGGCUGUGGAAAAAUUGGGAGGCCGGCAAGGUGUCCGCUCUACGCAUGGACCUCAACCUGGGGAUCAUCUCAGAGGUGGAGAAGAAGCUCAAGAAGAAGCUGCUCAUAGAUUACAUGUAUUCCAAUCUCAAGCACCACAACUUCUGGGCAUAUCGAUACUUUUUCUGUGAAUUCCUCUCCCUGAUCAAUGUCGGAGGGCAAAUGGUUCUGCUUGAUCGCUUUUUCGACGGCACAUUUUUCACGUACGGUAUUGAGGUGAUGUCGUUCGCGGAUCGUGACCAAGAGGAUCGGAUCGAUCCUAUGAUCUACGUGUUCCCGCGCAUGACCAAGUGCACCUUCCACAAGUUCGGAACGUCGGGCAACAUCGAGAAGCACGACGCCCUCUGUAUCUUACCGCUCAACAUUGUCAACGAGAAGAUCUACAUCUUUAUCUGGUUUUGGCUCCUUAUCAUAGGCUUCCUCACCUUCCUGGUCCUUGUCUAUCGGGCCGCCAUCAUCUUCAGUCCCUACAUUCGAGCGCUCGUGCUCCGGAUGCGCUACCGGCGUGUGAAGCGAGAAUGCAUCGACAUGGUCAUCGGCAAAUCCUACGUGGGCGACUGGUUCCUGAUCUACCUCAUGGGUCAGAACAUCGACUCCGUCAUCUUCAAGGACGUGAUCCACGAGCUGGCUAAGAAGUUGGGCUACCGUAGCCGGGACAUUGGCGAGACAUGACUUUCGAACGGGGAUGCCCACGGAGGCCGCACACGAAAUGGCUUUGCCAACGGCCAUACCGUCAAGGACUACGAUUAACACGAAUUCACCCACCCACACAUCUACGUACACGCCCCCUUGCCCAAGCACGCACGCACGCCGCCGCCGCCUUAGUUCGCAAGUCUGUUAGCUCUGCAUCCGACAUGUUUAUGUUCCCCUGAGUUCCACGAUAAGAACAAGAAAGAAGAACGAGAAGCAGCGAAAAAAAGCGAGGCGCCAAUCCCAAAGAAAAAUGCCUCGCUGCUUCGGUCUCACCAAAAAGAAAAAAAAAAAGAUUCAAACCCCUUCUUUCUGUUCAAUAGUACUAGUUCAUUCUCCGAGCCAACCAACCAGUGGGGCAGCCAGUAGCAGAUUGGACGGUUGUUGUUGUUGGAUGCUAUGGGUAUAUACGUAGAAGCGCUCUUUUUCGGAGCGCAUGUCCGUCGUUCCAUCUGAUAUUAUCGAGAACCAUUUUCCAAGAUGCCAAAGUAUUUUCUAAGCUCUUUCUUUCCUCUUCUCUUCCUUGAUCUUCCCAAACUCCCUAAAGCUUAAUUCCGAAGAGCAAAACCCCCUCUACCCAACAAGUCUGGGAACUCACUCAAAGACAACCAACCCACUCAAUAAGUAUUACUAAUAUUCAUACGAGGUGUUUCAUUUUCUGAUUUCCAAUGUCCUCCCAUAGAUUUGAUCUGGAACAGAACUGGAACAACAACAACAACAACAACAACAACAACAACAACAACAGCUGCAACAACUUGCUACAUAUCCAAAAGAGUAAGGGCAUUUUGACGAGAUCCCCACGCGCCCAUAUGAUUUCCAAUAGUAAAAUGAGCCAACCCUUCCGACUUCCGAGAACUUGUGAUACCGCGUAGGAUUAUGACUGAUUGGGCUGGCAAGUCAGACACCAAAACAGAAAACAGAAUUGGCUCCUUUUCCACUUUCCAAAGGCUACAAACGACGGCCUUUCCUUUCCUGGCUAGAAUGCUCAUGGAUGACCCAAAUUGUAAACCCUAUCAAUAAUUCGAUGAAACCAUCUCAACUGACAUUUCCCCAAACAACGCCACAACAUCAACAGCAGCAGCA